CCGAGGGGCGCGUGGCGGCUCCGCCUUUGUUGUGCUGUGACCUCCAAUGACCUCAGGAGCUGUAGGGAGGACGCUGGGAGACCCCGGAGGCCGGGAAAUGGACUUGAUAAUCUUUGAGGAUGUGGCUGUGAACUUCACCCAGGAAGAGUGGGCUCUGCUGGAUCCUUCCCAGAAGAAGCUCUACAAAGAUGUGAUGCUGGAAACCUUCAGGAGCCUGGCUGCUGUAGGAGUAAAAUGGGAAGACCAGAACAUUGAAGAUGAAUGUACAAAUCACAAGAGAAAUCUAAGAACUCAAAUGAUGGAGAGACUCUGUGAACAAGAAGAAGGGAGCCAGUGUAGAGAACCCUUCAGCUUUACUCCAGAGCCUCUUGUGAACCAGAAAACUCAUCCAGAAGUAACACCCCAUUACAGCCGCAUGGGUGUAGAAGUUCUCGUUGGUCAGUCAUCCUUUAAGAGGCACAUCACAUCCGACUCUGAACAUGGGCUACUUGAGUAUCAGGGAUAUAGAGAAAAACUCUAUGAACGUGAACGACAUGAUAAAGCCUUUAGGUGGCCUGAUUGCAUUAAGAAUUAUGAAAAGAGUCACCCUGGGGAGAAACUCUAUGAAUGUAAACAGUGUGGGAAAGCCUUCAAGAGUUUCAGUUCUGUUCAGAUACAUGAAAGAGUGCACAAUGGAGUGAAACCUUACAGAUGUAAGCAAUGUGGGAAAGCCUUCAGUUGUUCCAGUUAUAUUCGAAUACAUGAAAGAACUCACACUGGAGAGAAGCCCUAUGAGUGUAAGCAAUGUGGGAAGACAUUCACUUAUCUCCAGAGUGUUCGAAGACACAUGAUAAUGCACAGUGGAGAUGGACCAUAUAAGUGUGAAGUGUGUGGGAAAACAUUUCAUUAUCCCAGUUUAUUUCGUAUUCAUGAAAGGACUCACAGUGGAGAGAAACCCUAUGAAUGUAAGCAGUGUGGGAAGGCCUUUAAGUGCUCCAGUUCUAUUCGCAAUCAUGAAACCACGCACACUGGAGAGAAACCCUAUGAGUGUAAGCAGUGUGGGAAAGCCUUCAGUUGUCCCAGCUACAUUCGGAUGCAUGUGAGAACACAUGCUGGGGAGAAGCCCUAUGAAUGUAAGGAAUGUGGGAAAAUAUUCACUUGUCUCAAAAGUGUUCGAAGACACAUGGUAACACACAGUGGAGACAGGCCUUAUAAGUGUAAGCAAUGUGGGAAAGCUUUCAGCAGUUCUAGUUAUGUGAAAAUUCAUGAAAGAACACACACUGGGGAGAAGCCCUACGAAUGUAAGCAGUGUGGGAAAGCCUUAAGUAGUUCCAAUUCCUUUAGACGACAUGAAAGAACUCACACUGGAGAGAAACCUUACGAAUGUAUUGAAUGUGGGAAGGCCUUCAAUUGUUCCAGUUAUAUUCACAUACAUGAAAGAACUCACACUGGAGAAAAACCCUAUGAAUGUAAGCAGUGUAUGAAAGCCUUCACUUCUUCCAGUGCAGUUAGAAAACAUGAAAAGACUCACUCUGGACAGAAACCCUAUGUAUGUCAGCAAUGUGGGAAAGGCUUCAGGGAUUAUAGUUCCAUCCAAAAACAUGAAAGGAUUCACAGUGGAUAGAAACCCUGUGGAUGUAAGAUAUGUAGAAAAGCUUUCCGUUCUCUGAGUAAUGUUCGAAGACAUGAACAAACACACUGUGGACAGAAACCCUAUGUAUAUAAACAAUGUGGCAAAGCCUUUUGUGUGCCCAGUUCCUUCAGAAAACAUGAAAAAUCUCACACUGCAGAGAAACCCUGUGUAUGUAAAUAUUGUGGGAAAGCCUUCACUGAUUAGAGUUCCUUCCAAAGACAUAACAGAAUUCACACUGGAGAGAAACCCUUUAUGUGUAAGCAAUGUGAGAAAGCCUCAGCCAGAGAAGGAUCUCAUCAGACACAUGAAAAGACUCACUCUGGAAAGAAACCCUAUGUAUGUAAGCAAUGUGGGAAGCACAUUAGUUCUUACCAUUACCUUCAAAUACAUGAAAGAGCUCACAGUGGAGAGAAACCCUGUGUAUGUACACAAUGUGGCAAAGCCUACUGUACUCCCAGUUCCCUCAGGAUACAUGGAUGGACUCACACUGGAGAGAAACCCUGUAAGUGUAAGCAGUGUGGGAAAGCCUUCUCUGAUCCUAGUUCUCUCAGGUAUCAUAAAAUGAGUCACCAUGAAGAGAAAUCCUAUAAAUGUAAGCAAUGUGGGAAAGCCUUUAGUCAUUCCUGUAGUCUUCAUGUACAUGAAAGAAUUCACACCAAAGAGAAACCCUACGUAUGUAAGCAAUGUGGGAAAGCCUUCAGUUAUUCCAGUUACAUUCGCAUACAUAGAAGGAUUCACACUGGAGAGAAACCCUGUGAAUGUAAGCAGUGUGGAAAAGCCUUCUCUCAUCCCAGUUCCCUCAGGAAACAUAAAUGGACUCACACUGAAGAGAAACCUUAUGAAUGUAAACAAUGUGGGAAAGCCUACACUCAUCUCAGUUCCCUCAGGCAUCAUGAAAAGACUCACACUGGAGAGAAACCCUAUGAAUGUAAGCAGUGUGGGAAAGCCUUCAGUUCUUACACAAACAUUCAAGUACAUGAAAGGAUUCACAGUGGAGAGAAACCCUAUACAUGUAAUCAGUGUGGGAAAGCUUUCAUUUCUUCCAGUUCCCUCAGAAAACAUUGUAGGACUCACAGUGGAGAGAAACCCUAUUUAUGUAAGCAAUGUGGGAAAGCCUUUCGUUCUUACAAUUAUUUUCGAAUGCACGAAAGAAACCAUAGUGGAGAUAAAGCCUAUGUGUGUCAACAAUGUGGGAAAGCCUUUAGUUCCUCCACUUAUGUUCAAAUACAUGAAAGAUCUCACAGUGGAGAGAAAUCCUGUGUGUGUAAUCAAUGUGGGAAAGCAUUCUAUCAUCCCAUUUCUCUCAGAAAACAUGAAAGGGCUCACACUGCAGAGAAACUCUAUAAGUGUAAGCAGUGUGGGAAAGCCUUCAGUAAUUCUAGUGGUGUUAGAAGACAUGAAAAGAUUCACACUGGAGAGAAGCCCUAUGUAUGUAAGCAAUGUGGGAAAGCCUUCACUUUUUUAAGUGGUGUUAGGAAACAUGAAGCGACUCACACUGGAGUGAAGCCCUAUGUAUGUAAGCAAUGUGGUAGGGGUUUUUGGAAUCACAGUUACAUGCAAAACCAUGAAAAGAUUCACAGUGGAGAGAAGUCCUAUGUCUGUAAGGAAUGUGGGAAAGCCUAUAGUUCUUCUAGUUACCUUCAAAUACAUGAAAGAACUCACAGUGGAGGGAACCCAUGCAUAUGUAUACAAUGUGGCAAAGCCUACUCAACUCCCAGUUCCCUCAGGGACCAUAAAAAGAUUCACAGUGGAGAGAAACCUUAUGAAUGUAAGCAAUGUGGGAAAACCUUUAGUUCUUCUAAGUAUCUUAAAAUACAUGAGAAAACUCAUACUGGGCAGAAACCGUAUGAAUGUAAGCAAUGUGGGAAAGCCUUUCGUCUUUCCAAGUACCUUCAAGUACAUGAAAGGAGUCACACUGGAGAGAAACCCUAUGAAUGUAAGCAGUGUGGGAAAGCCUUCAGUUCUUCCAGUUACCUUCAUAUCCAUGAAAGAGCUCACAAUGGUGAAAAACCGUAUGAGUGUAGGGAAUGUGGAAAAGCCUUUAGUUGUUCCAAUUACCUUCACAUACAUGAAAAUAUUCACAGUGGAGAGAAAUCUUACAUGUGUAAUCAGUGUGGAAAAGCUUUCAUUUAUCGCAAUUCCCUAAGGAGACAUUAUAGAACACACAGUAAAUAG